UGAAAAUUGUUUAUAAAUACCGUUAUGACAAAAUGUUUAUAAAAAAGUGAUAAAUUAUUGGUUUAAAAAAGUGUUUUAAAAUUUGCCAAAAAUUCAAUGCAAUUUUGUUAAGCCGAGCGCCGUUCGGUGGUUUUCUUUAUGAUUUUCGUUGUAUAAUAUUAAACAAAUGGUAAUUUAUAUAGAUUAAAAUUUUGUUUUUAUUUUUUUCCAUAUAAAAACGCCAAAGACGUUUUAAUUUCUUUGUAUGCGUACAUUCGUAAUUGUGUGUGAGUGUGUGUGUUUGUGAGUGUCAAGCUUUGAAAGCCUUAUAAAGCGAAUCCCGGUUGAUUGCGCUUAAUUUUAAAAAAUUUUUUAUAAUUUACUAAACGUCAACUAAAACUUCAAUAACGGAGCAACGAAAACUUUCGAAAAAACCCAACAAAAUGAGUAUCAUAGAUAGUGGCAAAUAUCGUUUGAGAAAGGAUUGGGCCAGUGCCUCUAUACCAUCAUUGGUCGAUAUCGAUGAACAUGCCGAUGAUGAUGAAUCGGAGAAUAUAACAGAGAAUGUAAAUGCCAAGUUGCCACCACAAAAACCACCGCGCCGCAGUUCAUUGGCCUUGAGUUUGUUCUCCAGCAAAUCGGAUAAGAGUCAAAAGAGACGCAGUUCCAUAGCAACGGCUUUUCUAAGACGUGAUAGCAAUAAGCAUUCAGCCAAAGAUUCCUAUGAGUCCGCUGUUAAACAUGAGAAAAGUGAUGCCUCUAAUACAACCAAUUCACCGGAUGUUGUUUAUAGUUCCGAAGAGAAUAUACGCGCCUCAUCGCCCAAUGAACCCGGCAAAGUGUCGUAUUUCGAUGAUGGCACCAAUAUACGUUGUGUCGUUAAGGGCAUAGGCAUCUCGAGUCCCUAUGAUACGCCCAACGAUAAAGAACGUAAUCGUCGUAGACGUAGUUCAUUGCAAACGAAAUUAGAUAGACGUCGUCGUAAGAAUUUCGAAGUUAGUUUCUCCACUCUCGAACAGAGUAAUUCACAAAGCGAUUUGACCAAUGAUAGUACAACAGGCAUCGGCUCAUCCGUCGAUAUAACCGAUGAAGAUGUUGAUCCCAAUCAUACCGCCUAUUUUCCCCGACAAAAACGCCAUUCGUGGUGGAAUAUAUUUGUGCCAGAUAAUAUUAAAAACAGGUCACGUAGGGCUAGUCAAGAUGCAUCGCUUAUGUCACGCAGUUUUGAUAAUUUAUCAAUACCAGUACGCAGGAGUAAAUCGCGCAGUGUUGAUCAUGGCCUUGCGGCACCUUUCGAUUUGGAUUCAUUGCGUUCCAAAGUCGAAGGACGUUUUGAAAGUGUUGACAGAUUAUCAA